AUGGCCGAUGAAAAGCCCAAGGAAGGAGUCAAGACUGAGAACAACGAUCAUAUUAAUUUGAAGGUUGCGGGGCAGGAUGGUUCUGUGGUGCAGUUUACGAUUAAGAGGCACACACCACUUAGUAAUCUAAUGAAAGCCUACUGUGAACGACAGGACACACCUGCACAGUUGGAAAUGGAGGAUGAAGAUACAAUUGAUGUGUUCCAGCAGCAGACAGGAGGUGUCUACUAAAAAGGGAACCUGCUACUUUACUCCAGAACUCUGUUCCUCCAGACCAAGAAGACA